CGGCAGCGGCGAGCCGCCUUCCUCAGUCAUCAGGCGCUUCAUUUGCUGAGUGUUGCUGGAUUUCUGAGUGCUCUGCUCUUCAGAACGGAUUUGUUCAAUAGGUGAAUCCAUUAUCGUGGCUGUUUUUGCCGUCGGCGGUGAUUCUUUGCUUCUGAUGGCAAUUGACAUUCUUCCAGUCAGAAAAGGUUUUUAGAGAAUAAGAAGAAAAAGAAGAAGAAGAAGCCGCUAGGGGCGAGCUGGAGCGUGCUCAGUGAGGUUGGGAAGACGUCAACAUGUCCGUCUCCACUCAACUGGGUUUACUGCUUUGGAAGAACUUCACUUAUCGACGGAGACAGACCAUUCAACUGCUGAUUGAGAUCGUCUGGCCUCUGUUCAUCUUCUUCAUCCUGAUUUCAGUCCGGAUGCAUUAUCCCCCCUACGAGCAACAUGAAUGCCAUUUCCCGAACAAGGCCAUGCCCUCGGCUGGUACCCUGCCCUGGGUGCAAGGCAUCAUCUGCAACGCCAACAACCCCUGCUUCCGCAAUCCCACACCUGGCGAGAGUCCCGGGGUGGUGGGGAAUUUCAAUGAUUCUAUAAUCUCCCGUCUGUUCAACGAUGCCAAGAAGAUCCUGCUGUACACUCAGAAUGAUAAGAGCUACGAGGGCUACAAGGGGCUGCUGAGGGCCCUCAGGAAGCUGCAGAAGAACACUGCUAGUUUCAAGCUGAAGGACUUUUUGCAAGACGAUGAGACUCUUUCCCACUUCCUGCACCACAACGCCUCUCUCCCCCGUCACGCGCUGAAACAGAUCGUGGAGGCUGAUGUCAAUCUGGAGAAGGUGCUGACUAAAGGUUUCGGCUUCCAUCUCCGGGACCUCUGUAACGGCACGCCCCUCGAGGAGUUCGUCCACAUCGCCGACCGCAACGUGUCCCGCCUGACUCAAGAAAUCAUUUGCAAUUCCUCCAGGGAUUGGCUAGACAAGGCCCAGAGCCACUUCCUCUCCAACUUGGACUUUUUCAAACCCAUUCGGAAGGAUGUCAAGUCGGACCCCAAAGUUGUUCAGGAAGUCUCAGCUGCAACCGACAAUCUUCUGGAGAGCCUGGGAGCAUUGGCCGUGGAGCUUAACAGUAUGAACAGUUGGAAGGACAUGCGUAAGGAGAUCCUGUAUCUCACUGUAAAUGCCACAGGCUCUCCGAACCAGAUGUACCAGGCUGUGUCGCGCAUCGUCUGCGGACACCCCGAGGGAGGGGGCCUCAAAAUCAAGUCUCUCAACUGGUAUGAGGACAACAACUACAAGGCCCUGUUUGGAAACCAUGGCAACAGCAGCGACGCUGAUCUCCUCUCGGCUUACGACAACUCUUCCACUCCCUAUUGUAACAAAAUGAUGCGGAACCUGGAGUCCAGCCCCAUCUCCAGGAUGAUCUGGAGAGCUCUGAAGCCUCUGCUCAUGGGGAAGAUCCUGUACACGCCAGAUACCCCCGCCACACAGAGAAUCAUCCAUGAGGUGAAUAAGACCUUCCAGGAGUUCGGCGUGCUGAGGGACCUUGGAGGGAUGUGGGAGGAGAUGAGGCCCAAAUUCUGGAACUUCAUGGAAACGGGCGAGGAAAUGGACAUGGUUAGGACGCUGCUCCAGAAUAACGGCAGUGCCGCGUUCUUUAACGCUCAGCUCAGUGGGACGGAGUGGCGUGUGUCGGACGUGUCGGCCUUCCUGAUGAAGGUCUCGGAGGACCAGAGACCUGCAGGAUCCGCUUAUACCUGGAGAGACGUCUUCAAUGAAGCCGACCACUCCAUCCAGACCAUCUCGCGCUUCAUGGAGUGUGUCAACCUAGACAAGCUGGAGCCUGUCGCCAAUGAGGAGAGACUGGUCAACAAGUCCAUGGGUCUUCUGAACAACCAGAAGUUCUGGGCUGGAAUCGUGUUUCCUGACAUCUCCCAUAGCGACAGCGCCGACUUGCCUCCUAACGUCAAAUACAAGAUCCGCAUGGACAUUGAUAACGUGGAGAGGACAAACAAGAUUAAAGACGGCUAUUGGGACCCCGGUCCCAGGGCAGACCCCUUCGAGGACCUUCGAUAUGUCUGGGGUGGAUUUUCUUACCUGCAGGACGUGAUCGAGCAUGGAAUCAUCAGAGCCAUCACUGGCACCAAGGAGAAGACGGGCGUCUACAUUCAGCAGAUGCCCUACCCCUGCUACGUUGAUGACAUUUUCCUGCGGGUGAUGAGUCGGUCCAUGCCUCUCUUCAUGACCCUGGCGUGGAUGUACUCGGUAGCCAUCAUCAUCAAGGGCGUGGUGUACGAGAAGGAGGCCCGGCUCAAAGAGACCAUGAGGAUCAUGGGGCUGAACAACGGCAUCCUGUGGCUCAGCUGGUUCAUCAGCAGCUUGAUCCCGCUGCUGAUCAGCGCCAGCUUGCUGGCGCUGUUAUUGAAGAUGGGAAACCUGCUGCCUUACAGUCACCCAGGCGUUGUGUUCCUAUUCCUGGGAUCCUUCGGCGUUGUAACCAUCAUGCAGUGCUUCCUCAUCAGCACUCUGUUCUCUCGUGCCAACCUGGCAGCUGCCUGCGGGGGCAUCAUAUACUUCACGCUCUACCUGCCCUACGUGCUGUGUGUCGCCUGGCAAGACUACAUUGGCUUCGGAGCCAAAGUCAUAGUGAGUCUGCUGUCUCCUGUGGCGUUUGGUUUUGGCUGUGAGUACUUUGCCCUGUUCGAGGAGCAAGGGGUGGGCAUCCAGUGGUCCAACCUGCUGGCCAGCCCCCUGGAGGGGGACAACUACAACCUGACCACCUCCAUCUCCCUCAUGCUGUUUGACGCGGUGCUCUACGGAAUAAUGACCUGGUACAUCGAAUCUGUGUUCCCUGGUCAGUAUGGGAUCCCCAGGCCUUGGUACUUCCCUUUCACGAAGACGUACUGGUGUGGAGAGGAAGAGAACACCAGCAUGUCCACCCCUCUGUCGAAGAAGGGCAACGCUGAAGCUGUGUGUAUCGAGGAGGAGCCGAGUGACAUCGAGCCAGGUGUUUACAUCGAGAAUCUGGUGAAGGUCUACAGCCAUGGAAAAAAGCUGGCGGUGGACGGACUGUCCCUGAAGUUCUAUAAAGGACAGAUAACCUCCUUCCUCGGCCACAAUGGAGCUGGCAAGACCACCACCAUGUCAAUCCUGACGGGCUUGUUCCCACCCACAUCUGGCACAGCCUAUAUCCACGGCAAGGACAUCCGCAGUGAACUCAGCACCAUCCGGCAGAAUCUGGGCGUCUGCCCCCAACACAACGUACUGUUCAGCAUGCUGACGGUGGAGGAACACAUCUGGUUCUACGCCCGUCUGAAGGGGCUGCCGUACGAGAAAGUGAAGGCCGAGAUGGAACAAAUUGUGAACGACGUCGGACUGUCUGACAAACGGCAUUCCCGCACCAACACGCUCUCCGGAGGGAUGCAGAGGAAACUGUCAGUGGCUCUGGCGUUUGUCGGGGGCUCAAAAGUUGUGAUCCUGGAUGAACCUACGGCCGGAGUCGAUCCCUACGCACGCAGGGGCAUCUGGGACCUGCUGCUUAAAUACAGACAAGGCCGCACCAUCAUCCUGUCCACUCACCACAUGGACGAGGCCGACAUCCUGGGCGACCGCAUCGCCAUCAUCUCCCACGGCAAGCUGUGCUGCGUGGGCUCCUCGCUGUUCCUAAAGACCCAACUGGGCACGGGCUACUACCUGACCCUAGUCAAGAGAGACUACGACUUAACACUUCAAUCCUGCAGGAAUUCCGCCAGCACCGUGUCCUACAGCAAGAAGCCCGAGAAGGUACGAAAGCUGUUGAGGACAACGCAGGAGGACGCUGUAUCAGAGAGCAGCUCAGAUGCAGGUCUGGGCAGCGAACCAGAGAGUGAAACCACCACUAUUGAUGUGUCCCUUAUCUCCAACCUGAUAUUCAAGCAUGUCCACGAGGCUCGCCUGGUGGAGGACCUUGGCCAUGAGAUCACUUAUGUCUUGCCCUAUCAGUCAGCUAAAGACGGAGCCUUUGUCGAGCUCUUCCACGAGCUGGAUGACAGACUCACCGACCUGGGAAUAUCCAGCUAUGGAAUAUCUGAUACCACCCUGGAGGAGAUUUUCCUGAAAGUGGCUGAGGACAGCGGAGUGGACGCUGUUGAGCUCUCAGAUGGAGUCGUGCCGACCAGGACCCGUCGCCAUCAUGCAUUUGGAGACCACCAGAGCUGCCUGAAGCCCUUCACCGAGGACGACUUUGAAUUCAACGAGUCAGAAGAAUCCCGAGAGACCGACCUGCUCAGUGGAACCGAUGGCAAAGGCUCGUUCAAGGUCAAAGGCUGGAGUCUGAAGAGGCAGCAGUUUGUUGCACUACUCUGGAAAAGAUUCCUCUACGCCCGGCGCUCCAGGAAAGGCUUCUUUGCUCAGAUUGUUCUCCCGGCGGUGUUUGUGUGUAUUGCCCUGGUGUUCAGCCUGAUUGUCCCUCCGUUUGGAAAGUACCCAAGUCUGACUCUGGAUCACAGCAUGUACGGGGAGCAGUUCACCUUCAUCAGUAAUGACUUACCCGAGGACCCUCACAUCAACAAACUACUGGAAGCUCUCACAGAAAAAGCAGGAUUUGGAACGCGCUGCAUGGAAGGACAACCCAUACCGGAGACUUCCUGUGCAGCAGUAGAGGAUGAGUGGUCGCUCCCGGAAGUCUCUCAGAGUGUGAGGGACGUGUUCGACAAAGGCAACUGGUCCAUGGAGGAUCCCUCUCCCAUGUGUGAGUGCAGCUGUGGAGGACGCAAGAGGAUGCUUCCCGAGUGUCCUGCUAGCGCCGGGGGACUCCCACCACCUCAGAUUAAAAUCAGCGAAAAAGACACACUUCAGAAUUUGACUGGCCGAAACGUCUCCGACUAUCUGGUUAAAACCUACGCUCAGAUCAUCGGCAAGAGCCUGAAGAACAAGAUUUUGGUCAACGAGUUCAGAUACGGUGGAUUCUCACUGGGCGCCAGGAGAUCUCCGUUAAUGGCCCACACAGAGGACAUCGACGAGGCCAUCGCUCAACUCACGAAGCGUUUCCACCUGGAGAGAGGAACGGCCGCGGAUCGGUUCUUUAACAGUCUCUCCAGUUUUAUACAAGGGUUGGACACCAAGAACAAUGUCAAGAUCUGGUUCAACAACAAAGGCUGGCACAGCAUCGGCUCGUUCCUCAACGUGAUGAACAACGGCAUCCUGCGGGCGAGUCUGAAGGCCGACCAAGACCCCACGAAGUUCGGCAUCACUGCCGCCAAUCACCCGCUCAACCUCACCAAGGAGCAGCUGUCACAGGUCGCAUUGAUGACGACGUCGGUCGAUGUGCUGGUUUCCAUCUGCGUGAUCUUCGCCAUGUCCUUCGUACCUGCCAGUUUUGUGGUCUUCCUCAUCCAGGAGAGAGUGAACAAAGCCAAACACCUGCAGUUCAUCAGCGGCGUGCAGCCUUUACUCUAUUGGCUGGCCAACUUUGUCUGGGACAUGUGUAACUACAUCGUCCCGGCCACACUGGUCAUCAUCAUCUUCAUGUGUUUCCAACAAGAUGCCUACGUGUCCUCCACCAAUCUGCCCGUGCUGGCGCUGCUGCUGCUGUUCUACGGAUGGUCCAUCACCCCUCUGAUGUACCCAGCCUCGUUCUGCUUCAAGAUCCCCAGCACGGCCUACGUGGUUCUCACCAGCGUUAACAUACUGAUCGGGAUCAACGGCAGCGUCGCCACAUUUGUACUGGAGCUGUUUGGAGGCAAUGAAAUUGGUGGCAUCAACGACAUCCUGAAGAACGUGUUCCUCAUCUUCCCUCACUUCUGUCUGGGCAGAGGGCUGAUUGACAUGGUGAAGAAUCAGGCAAUGGCAGAUGCUCUGGAGAGAUUUGGUGAAAACCGGUUCCGCUCCCCUCUGGCCUGGGACAUGGUGGGAAAGAACCUGUUUGCUAUGGCCAUAGAGGGCGUGAUCUUCUUCACCAUCACCAUCCUCAUUCAAUACCACUUCUUCUUCAAGGCCAGGUCAUCCACUAGUCACCUGAAGCCCAUUGGAGAAGAAGACGAGGACGUGGCCAGAGAGCGACAGAGGAUCCUCAGUGGAGGAGGACACUCGGACAUCCUGGAGCUCAAACAGCUCACCAAGAUUUACAAAAGGAAACAGAAGCCGGCAGUGGACCGACUGUGUGUCGGCAUCCCCCGUGGAGAGUGCUUCGGUCUGCUGGGGGUGAAUGGGGCAGGGAAAACCAGCACCUUUAAAAUGCUGACAGGAGACUCGAUGGUCACCGGUGGAGAGGCUUACCUGGCUGGCAAGAGUGUCAAGACAGAGAUCCAUGAGGUGCAUCAGAACAUGGGCUACUGUCCUCAGUUUGAUGCCAUCAACGAUCUGCUGACCGGCAGAGAGCACCUCGAGUUCUACGCCAUCCUGAGAGGAGUGCCUGAGAAGGAAGUCUGCGAGGUGGCAGAGUGGGGCAUCCGGAAGAUGGGUUUGCUCAAGUAUGUGGACAAGUCAGCCGGCAGCUACAGCGGAGGAAACAUGAGGAAACUGUCCACUGCCAUCGCUCUCAUAGGAGGACCACCUGUCGUGUUUCUGGAUGAACCGACGACAGGCAUGGAUCCUAAAGCCCGCCGUGCUCUGUGGAACGCAAUCCUGAGCAUCAUCAAAGAGGGACGAUCUGUAGUCCUGACCUCUCACAGCAUGGAGGAGUGUGAGGCACUUUGCACCAGAAUGGCCAUCAUGGUCAACGGCAGGUUCCGCUGUCUGGGCAGUGUGCAGCAUCUCAAAAACAGGUUCGGCGACGGCUACACCAUCAUCCUGCGGGUGACCGGCCCAGACCCGGACCUUCGGCCGGUGAGGGAGUUCAUCGAGCGGGAGCUGCCUGGCAGCACGCUGAAGGAGAAGCACCGCAACAUGCUGCAAUACCAACUGCCCACCUCCCUCACCUCCCUCGCCCGCAUCUUCUCCCUGCUCUCUGAGAACAAGGAGGCCCUCAGCAUAGAGGACUACUCCGUCUCGCAGACUACUUUAGACCAAGUGUUUGUAAAUUUCGCCAAGGACCAAAGUGAUGAGGACCAUUUGAAAGAGGCCCAUCUGAACAAACGGGACGCUGUGGUAGUGGACAUUCCCAAGCGAAACACUUUCAUCACGGACAACAAGACCAAGGAGAGCUGCGUCUGACUCCACGAAACAGCAUCGCGGGAGACAUCGCUGCCCUUCACCCCCUCCCCACAACCCAGAAACCAUGGACCACUAACCUGCGGGGGAGGAUGGGGGGGUGGGGGGGGCGGUGACGAACUAUGUUCAUUUUUUUUUCUUUUUCUAUUUUUUAGUCUUUUUUAAUUGUUAUCAUUUCUCAGUGGACCUGCACUUCAGCGCACAGCACAGCCUCUUGAGAAGGCAGAGACUGCAGGUAUUGUGACACUGACGCAAUGGAAACUCAAUGCAAAUCAAUGCAAGAAAUGUACAAGAAUAUAUUUAAGAUGAGAAGAUAUUCCUGAGGGCUGGAGACUGGUGCUUUUCCUUCACGAGACGGGCGGAAAGAAAGAAAAGACAGGAUUAUAAUACUGCGCUCGACGGGAAAGUUGUGUAGCUCUGCUACGCAUUCAGCGGACAUGGCAUUGGGGAUGAUGGAAGGAAAUAUCUCUAUUCCCCCCCCCCCCCUGUACCUUAAAGUAGUGGGACUGUGUAUGCGGGGCGGCUCUGUAUCGUGAAAUCGCCAGAGCGUAAAGCGAAACAAAAAAAUCCAGAUCAUUCACUGCCAACUGCUGAAGACGGACCGACUACUUUUUUUUAUUCAAGGUCAGCCCUGGCGCUCUCUUCGUUACCAAGCGCAGUUGUUUUUGUAUCAUGCAAAUGAUGGUGAAAAAAAAAAAAUAGUUACAAUCCAAUUGAUUUCAGUCACAAUCAUUCAACGUAUUAAUUUGUACUAAUUCUUUUUUUUCUUUUAAGAUAAUUUUAUUUGAAUGGACAAACUUAACCUGUAUGGAGUUUUGUUGUUCUUCGUGCCUGUACUGUACCGCGGUGGAGAGAAAGCUGAGCACUCCAAAACAACAACAAUGUAUGUAGGCUGCCCAGGAAUGUUUAAGAAAGAAACCAUCAAAGCACAAAAAAGGGGCUUUUUGUGAAGAUGGUGAAUGAAACGUCACUAUUUUUUUAUUGUGUCCUUCAUUGUCAAAAACCAACAACAACAACAACAAAAUCUUGCAGUUGCUUGAUGUCUGUACAAGAUGUGCGAUCCUGGAUUCACUCCUUCAACGAAUCGGAGUGCACGAAGGACGACCGUCUCAAACUGGCAGUUGGGACUUGAAGAGAAAGCUGAAGGUCGCUCAGAGAAUUCGGACAGGUCUUUAAAAGUUCAUUGGAAAUAUUUAAUUGCAUGCUUCUCACUGGCCCACACACACCCGUACUAUCAGCCGCUGUGUGUGUGCGCGCCAGAGCAUGUCGUAAGAUCAGCUUGUGAAAGGACUCGAGCUGUGCGUCACUGUUGUGGGAUUACUGGCACAUAAUGUUAACGUGGAGUCCGAAUCCAAAAUUCUGUUGUAAAAAAGAAUCGAUCUGUGUCAACAUGUGAUUUUCCGGCGGCGAGACGAGUUCCGAUGGAAAUGGCCCCGCAGGUAAAACUGUCGCUGUCGUGCCCGCAGGCGGCGUCCCAGCUGCUCUGCUUGUACGAGAUCUAGACGGGCGCAUUCAAAACCUGAGCCGGCGCCGAUGUGGAUAUUAUGUACAGAAGCGACUUUUGUGACUUCAGGUCAAAAACACACACGCAAAAACAAACACAAAAAUGUUAAGAGUGAAGUGAACAAAACCGUACCUGUGCCAAAUGGAGCUGACUAUAUAUCUUCGACCAACCAGCAUAUUAUGGAGGAGGCAACUGUUUUGUAAAGUUGUGCUUUCAUGUCAGGCCUUCGUCCGUCGUCAGCAGCUCGAAACAAAGAGCGCACAUUAUGUCAAACGUGUGCUCUCUCUCUCUCUCUCUCAUAUUCAGUCUCAGUCAGUGUUUUUAUCUUUUAGUCAUGUUGCCAAAUUCCAAUCUUUCCGUCUGUCCACAUCGAUAAGCUGCCACGCUGAAGUUACACUCAGUUACUCAAGUAUUUCAGGCUAAAUUAUGUUUCCGGAGCAAGUGGACAAGCCAGACUCCACAUAAACAGGGACCACGUUCAUUCGAGUUGUUCUUGUGAUGUUUUUUUAGUCCAGGAAACGGCGUCCUGGGUUCAAACCAGUGACCGACUGUCAUUACGGGUUCUCCGUGUCAUAUCUAAUCUGGGAACGCACCAAAAAACCCUCUGCUGAAUGUGAGCACUUUAUAGACUUCAUAGCCUGUCGUGUCAAAGACGUAAUCGUACUAAAUUAAGCUUCACCACUGCAUUAAAACAUCUGUUUGAAACUUGAAAUGGAGAUCGAAGGCGUCCACGUGAUUGAGACGAACGCGUGUGAGAUGGAGAGAACUACAGUGGUGAUGUUACUCUUCUCGUGCUCUAUAUUGUUAUUGUUUGUUUACAUUUUUAAGUAUUAAACAGCUGUUUGAGUCUGUUCCACAUUGUGUAUAGUUACUCUUUACAUGAAUAAAUACAAAAAAAAUCAUA